GAAGCCAUUUCUCGCGUCACCAAAAAAUAACAUAACUAAAGUGUCAUCGAAUGUAGUUUCGUGUUUAUUAAAAUCCUAACCUCAAAUAUAUCAACGAUGAAGAAACGUCUGAAGCCUCAUAAAACCCAGUGACCGAUGUAGUUGUUAAUUAUUGAAUUCUCACGGUACAAUAAGUGAUAUUUUAGUUUUUUUUUUUCACAAAAGUGCGUGUUGUUCGCCGUCGGAUCGAAGGCGUAAACUCCGGGUACUGGCGCAAUGGCCGACGUACGUCUUGUUAAUACGGACGCCGAUGUUGAGCGUGCUGAGGAGGCCUGUGAGGAUAAAAAAUUAUUUCGCCCCGGUGAUUAUCUGCGUAAAGUAAUACGCGAGUGGAUGCGCUCCCGUGAUCCACAAUCAGUAAUAACCGAUAAAUCACCGGCUAACAUAGGUAUUGCUGUAAAUACCGAUCUUAAUCUACGUAUUGGUGCACAAAGAUCCCAUUGUACAUGGACAUGGAUAUUCGAGAUACGAAGUAUGGGUAGAGCCCUUAAAAAUUUUGUAUUAUCGUUGGACGCGCAUCGUGAAAAUUUUCGUAUAAGAUCGGUAUUUCGUGAUGGUAUGAGAAUUGGUUAUUCGGAUGGUCAAGAGUGGCAUGAUCCAGUGAUAGAUCAUCAACCAUCACGUACAAUCGAUGGAAUGAUGUGUUAUACUAUUGAAAUAUCAUUUGCUGCUACUGGACAUGGAACUUAUCGUCAAAAUGUAUUAUUCGGUUUCGAUGGUUAUCCGGUUGUACGUCAAAAAAUAUGCGCCGAUAUUGUGCCAAUUAAUGAUUUAACUCGUUUAAAUGAUGCAACAAAAUAUUUUUUAAAUCAAACAGCUCACGUGUGGUCAUUGAGAAGUAAUGAUUAUCAUCCAUUUGAUUCACCAUUUGUACCGGCAACUGAUUUAUGGGAAAAAAAUAUCGCUAAAGCUUAUCCAUAUCCUGGUGAAGAUAUAUUUAUACUGUCUCAUGCAACAUUGACGGAGGAUUCAUUAACGUGUACUAAUUAUCGGGGUAGAAUGCACGAAUUAAUAUCGGUUGAGGAAUUGGCUAGACAUGAACAAGUUGCCAGGUACAAUACUAUUGUACCGAUACAAUUGUCGUCGUGUUAUAUUUUAUCGUCGGAUACUGAUGGCUCGACGACAGCUAAAUAUGCACCACUUGGAGAGCUGUUCGCCCAGUUGCCUCUGGGUCGUGGUGUCUCAGAGGACAUGAAGAGCGGUCGUCUUCUCCUUCGUGGAUGCAAUACAAUCCUGAUGAAGCUAUACCAUUCACCAGAUAGCCCAAUAAUUUCAGAGCCAACAGAUGUUUACGAGGCCCACGUUGAGGACAAAUGUAAUUACAUGAUAUACGCUAGACUGUCAAAAUCAUGUGUCGAACGUUUGAAUUUAAAACCGGACACAAAUGUUAAGAUGUACGUGCAGUUUGUACUCAACAGAUUGCCAUUUUGUGAAUGGCACAGAGCUGUUGAUUGUCUACCAGACACACGUCUUGUUUUUCCGGAAUCACAUUAUGAAUUACCAAUGCGUUUACCAUCCGUCCUUGAGUCCAAUAAAAAUGGGGCCAAAUGGUGUGAAUUAUUGGACAAUAGAUUGAAUGAUAGACAGAGAGAGGCCGUUAAACUUAUGAUAGCACCGAUUGAAAUAUAUUUACCACCGAUACUAUUACUUGGACCUUAUGGUACGGGAAAGACAUUCACCAUUGCCCAAGCAUUAUUGAUACUGUUACUUCAAAGCCCAGUGCAUAAGGUACUGCUGUGUACCCAGAGUAACAGUGCAGCUGAUCUUUAUGUUAAGGAAUUUUUUGAUGAGUGGUACACAAGUACCAAAGAGGAGAGACUGAAACCUAUGAGAAUAUACUACAAGAGACGCUUGAGAACGACUGUUCACCCGACAGUUCGGAAAUACUGCCUAGUAGAUCCCAACGGCUACUUCCGUGAUCCCACAAAAGAGGAUCUGGACUCUUGUGGAUUGAUUGUGACAACUCUCGCAACAUCGGGAUGUUUAACCGCCCUAGACGUGCAACCAACUCACAUAGUCAUUGACGAAGCAGCCCAAGCCCUUGAGUGCGAAGCACUCACUCCAUUGGCCCUUGUGGGUCAAAGGACUCGAAUUAUUCUCUCGGGAGAUCAAAUGCAACUUGCACCAGAAGUUUACAGUGAUUUGGCGAAGGAGAGGGGCCUUGGUACGAGUCUACUGGAGAGACUGCACAAUGUCUAUUCGCCAAAUCAUCCGUGCAGAGUCAGCCUGUGCCAGAAUUACCGUUCACACGCGGAUAUUGUCAGACUGACCUCCAAUCUUUUUUAUGGAAAUGAAAUUGAAGCCAGUGGUCCAUUACUGCCUAAUCAUCCUAAUCUGAAGCCUUUGCUAUUUUACGCUGUGCAGGGGAUUGAAGUUCAGGGACAAUUCUCAACUGGUUUUUACAACGACGAAGAGGCUGUGGAGCUAGCAAAACGAAUAGCAUCCCUAAAAUCUUGUUGGCCAGUUGACGAAUGGGGACCAUUUGGCGAAGACUCAAUUGGUGUAUUAGCCCAUUAUUCCGAACAAGUGGCGCGUAUUCGUAACGAACUUCGUAAAAGAAAAUUAUUCUCAGUAUCGGUGGAGCGUGUGCUAAAUGUACAAGGAAAACAAUUUACAGCUGUUUUUAUCAGCACCGUUAGAACGAGAAAUUGUUGUCGAUAUUCAGCUGAAAGCAGUGUCAGUGAUUAUGGAUUUCUCACUAAUCCGAGAUUACUGAAUACAGCCAUAACACGGGCUAAAGCAUUAGUUGCUGUUGUUGGUGAUCCAGUGGCACUUUUGACAACUGGCUCGUGUCGUUCACUCUGGGGAAAAUAUUUUCAGAAGGCAACAGUACGUGGUAUACCAUCACAAUUACUGAAACACCAUGUUACAAGGAGUAUGGCAACACCGGUAGCAUUGGGUAUGCCAUUGAAUCCAUUGGCAAGAGAAUUUGUACCACGACAAGCGCAGCGAGCAGACUGAGCAUUUAUCAUCAUUUGUUUUCAUCGAUUGAUGAAAUCGUUAAUUAUCGAACAAAAUACAACUAUUGAAUUCAUUUGUGAUGAUUAUUUUGCUUCCUGGAAUUUUCAAUGUUAUUGUGUAGUUGAUGAGAGUGGGGAAUUGGAUGGAGGGACAUCCCAGUGGGAAAUUAAUUUACUCAGUUGUCUUUGUUACUUCAGUUAAUUAUUUUUUUCUUUACUGUCACUCCCAAACCAAUGUCCUGACGUCUCGAGAAUACAAAAUCGACUUGACAGGAGUCGGUGUAAUUUUUAUAAAUGUACGGAGCAAGAAAAUGGAAUGGAAAAAUGAUUUAAAAAAAAAAAUUGUGUAGUUGACUAAGAUAUAUGAGAGAAAUGACGUAAUGUAAAUGCCACAUCUACCCGAUGAAAUAUCUACAUGUCUAAAAAAUUAA